CAGACAGCCCGACCCCGCCCCGACCCCGCCCGCCCUCUGGACCCUGGCCUACGGGAGUGGAGACCGGAGGUGAGCGCCGGAACCGACAAAAUGAUGCUUCAACACCCAGGCCAGGUCUCUGCCUCAGAAGUCAGUGCGUCUGCCAUCGUCCCCUGCCUGUCCCCUCCUGGGUCACUGGUGUUUGAGGAUUUUGCUAACCUGACACCCUUUGUCAAGGAAGAGCUGAGGUUCGCCAUCCAGAACAAGCACCUCUGUCACCGGAUGUCCUCUGCACUGGAGUCAGUCACUGUCAGCGGCAGCCCCCUGGAGAUGGCAGUCACGAAAACCGAGGUAGCCCCAGAAGAAGAUGAAAGGAAAAAGAGGCGGCGGGAAAGAAAUAAGAUUGCAGCUGCCAAGUGCCGCAACAAAAAGAAGGAGAAGACCGAGUGCCUGCAGAAAGAGUCAGAGAAGCUGGAGAGCGUGAACGCCGAACUGAAGGCCCAAAUCGAGGAGCUCAAGAACGAGAAGCAGCAUUUGAUAUACAUGCUCAACCUUCAUCGGCCCACGUGUAUUGUCCGGGCUCAGAAUGGGCGGACUCCAGAAGAUGAGAGAAACCUUUUUAUCCAACAGAUAAAAGAAGGAACAUUGCAAAGCUAAGCAGUCACGGUAUGGGGGCAACUGGGGAGUCCUCAUCGAAACCUUCUACAUCCCAAACCCUGAAGCCAUUGGAGAUCUGACUUCCUGUGCACCUCUCGCAUCCCAGCCGUGAAGAACCAUCGAGGCGGAAGAGCCCUUGGUGACUCAGCUGGGCCUUUCCUCUCUGCACCAGAGUGGACUUUGGACCAGGACAAGGGCAUCUUUUUGCCUCAAUGCCAGGAUUUAGGCCUUAACAUUACUGGCUAUUCUUGGAUGCUGCAGAUGGCCCCUGUUCAGGGUCCUGCCCAUCUUCUGCCUGGAUUCUACCAAAACCAGGACUCUCACCAUUAGGACUCAUGCUGAAGAAGUGUCUGUACCUUGGGUGGGUGGAGUGGGGCCGCGUCCUGCACUGCCACGGCCACUCGCAGGGGACACAGAGGGAGAACGGCAUUUAACAACGUUGUACAAUGGCCAGGGUUGUGCUUUCUAGCAAACAUGCUAUUAUGUACCGGAAUUACUGUGUGCAAAGCGUCUGUGUCAAAGCUAGGCAUUGUGCUCUCCUGAUGUUUGUUUUGCACAACACCCGGUGUGAUUUUCCUCAGAUCUGGUUUCUGAGCGUGUGGGGGCGGCGAGCACCAUAGGCAGGGUCUUACAGAAUGUUGAGGUGGCCAGAAGAGCUUGUCCGCCCCGGGAGAACAGAGUUCUGCUGGCGAGCAGGGCAGUUUUGUGUCAACAGAGAAAGCCGCCUUUCCCGUGGCAGCCAGGCAUUAACGCAAAACUCAUGGGCAUGACCUGCAGGUCCUCUGUCGCGAACUCAGUUAUCAUGUCACAGGAAGAAAGCAGGAAGUCCAACUUCCAAAGGGCUAGGACUCUCCACUCAGUGACUUAGGUCAGGAGUUAUUUCUAGGCCAGAAAAGCCAAAGAAUAUUCCAUUUUCCCUUUCUUGCAGUUGAAAACCACAUUCAGUGGAGACAAGUUUGAAGCCAGGUGAUGCCCAGGCAUUAGCAUUAUUGGAUGUUCGUGGCAUUGUCUGUCAUGCGGAUGUGUGUAGAAAUCUGGCCCAGAGCAUUUAUAGCUGUGAGAGGUCAUUCACACUGGCCACAGGACUCUGGCUACUGUCUGUUUAAAUUCUGAUGUUUCUGUGAAAUCCUCAGAGUGUUUAAUCCUGUUCAAUAGUAUCAUUAUAAUUUUCUGUAAGAGAAAAUAUUACUUAUUUAUCCUAGUAUUCCUAACUUGUCGAUAUAAUAAAUACUGGAACCAAGACAUGGUGAACUUAA